UCGGAAACAGGUACAGACAAAACUGGAAAUGUUGUGUGAGUGGAUUGUGUAAUUGUUAGACGACAUCUUCGUGUCAGUGAAUAUACGUGUUAAUGACGUAUUUCUUCUUGAAUACAUUGGAAACGUUCUGAAUCGUUAAAUGUCUGUCAGAUAGUUGACGUGGGGGCGAUUAGUGUAGGGUCAUAAAACGUCCAGUUUUCGUGACGAUGUCCGCAAACGACAAGUUUCAUAUGCGAAGAGUCAGCAGAGAAUGAGCAAAACGUGUUUAUGGCGACUGUGUGCUGGUUGCUGUGAAAAACUGCCUUUGUAACUUUUCACUACAUUUGUGCUGGGAAUUUUCAGCUUCAGAGUUCUCUCCCCUGUGGAGCACAUGUUGGUUGGCUGACUUUCAGCAUACAGUAGUAUGAAUUAUCCUGACUUUUUGACUUUUGAACACAUUUCUGACAAAUUCGCAAUGUUUUCUCUGUUGGACUUGGUGGCUUUCUUUGCCUCAAUGGCUAUGGUGUUUGGAGGAGUUGUGCCCUUCAUUCCGCAGUACCUCGAUAUUCGCAGAUCCAAAAACGCAGAUGGCUUCUCUACUUUCGUGUGUCUCACGCUGUUAAUCGCAAAUGAUCUCCGGAUAAUGUUCUGGUUUGGGAAACGGUUUGAACUACCUCUGCUGGCACAGAGUGUUGUCAUGAUCAUCACUAUGCUGGCUUUAGUACAGGUCUGCGUGCAGACCAAAUCCUCCUCAGAAAUCCUGGGCUCCAAGCCACGCACUUUCUCAGACUAUCGGGAAGGAGACUUGUAUUCCCGCCCACAAUCUCUCGCGCACCACAGUACUUUCUUUGACUUUGACAUGAGGUAUUUCUGGCGAUGGACAGAUUUCCGGAGUUAUGUGGAAUUCAUGUUACUCUUCACCCUUGUGGUCGGCAUGCUAACAUACCUGCUCCUGGAGAACUCCAUCUAUGUAGAGACCUUAGGUUUCAUGGCCGUGUUUGCUGAGGCCAUGCUUGGUGCACCACAGUUCUACCGCAACUUUCAAAACAAGUCUACAAUUGGCAUGAGUAAGAAGAUGGUCAUGUUCUGGACAAUGGGCGAUGUCUUCAAGACGCUGUACUUCAUCCUGCGUGAAGCUCCGCCUCAGUUCUGGAUAUGUGGCAUGCUCCAGGUUGGAAUAGACAUCUCCAUAUUUGUACAGGUGUUUUACUACCGCAGAUUACCUGUGCUUACUGGCAAAGAAGCACUCAGCUGAUAAACCAAGCACGCUGUGGUGAUGUCGUACUGGAGGAAAUGUCUGUGAUCAGCUGGACUUGUGUGUACAAAAGGAACAAGGGACAAAGUGCCUCUCAAGCUUUGAAGAAAUGAAAGCAAAUCCGCACCCAUGCUGUCCUUGAACAUUUGUCCUGAAGAGCAUACAACUACAUUUGAUUUGCUGACCUCUUGUACAUCAUGUUCUGAGUUGUUGUUUGUUUCAACCAUAGCGUGCAUAAUUUCUCUGUGAAAGUAUCUUUCAUAGCUGAAGUAUUUUAAUUUUACCUUUAUGGUGUUGGGGGAAAUCUUAUGUCCAUAAUGCUAUAUAUUUUCCUACCACCAUAGUUAAAUGAGGUCUCACAUUUGUGCUAAAGUUUUUUUUAUCACAAUAUAUAUGCAAAAAAUAGUGAAUACAUGUAUGUUUUGCAGCAGAAAAAGAAUAGUUGAUUUAUGUCAUUCAGAUGGCAAGUGAAUUCUGCCACGAAUGGCAAUUUGUAAGUCAGUUCUGUUCAGAUAAGUCAGCUUGAUAACCCCAAGGUGAAGGAUAGCUAGUGAAUUCUGGCAAACCAUACAGAAAUAACAGUCAGCAAAGGCAGGUUGCAUUGAACUUCAGACAUAUCAGACUUGAGAUGGCAAGUAACUUCAAGAAAAGCAGACUGAUAACUGAGAGGUGGCGCUUAAGUUCAGGGGGAGCUGACUGAUAACUGUCAGAGGUGGAAAAUAACUUCAUGAAAAGUAGACUGAUAACUGUCCGAGGUGGAAAAUAACUUCAUGAAAAGCAGACUGAUAACUGUCAGAGGUGGCAAGGAAAAUCAAACAAACUCGAAUUAUAAAUGAAUAUGUGCACCGUUUCACCAAAAAUACCACUAGUGCAUCUGUGUUUCAAAUGGAAUCAAAAUGUGUUUCUUUGUUGCCAAGUAUCAGCAUUUAUACCAGUGUAUGAAAAUGGACAGUAAGUCUUUUACUUGUACCUAUUUAUAGUACGGCUGUUUUUUUUU